AUGACGGAUACAUCAGCAAGAAGAUUAGCAGAGAUCCAAGAAACAACACAUCUUCUGACUCUUAUGAAUAAGUUAUGUAAAAAUAUUUCCAAUUAUAAAGGCAAGUCCCAAGAACUCACAAGAUUCAGAAUAGAAUGUGAAAAAAGUAACGGUAAUAAUAAUGGUAAUAACAAUGGUAAUAAUGAUGAUAACACUGGUAAUAGUAAAUAUUCAGAUGACAGAAGUGAUGGUUCGAUUCGGGGAUGCGAUUACUGCAAGGGUGACGAUCACACAGAAAGUAAUUGCAUUAAGAAAAGUUUCGACAAAGAGUCCAGGGAAACUUGCAACCGUCCUUCUAAGCGAAGAGGGACGGCGUAA